ACUCAAAGCACUUGUUCAAUUUUGGGGACAGUAUGGUCAGUAGCACAUAUAUAUGUAUGUUAUAUAGCCAUGUUGGAUUUGAAAAACCCUAGCAAUUAACCCUGAGAUUUUAAAAUUUCCAAUCAGAAUUUCUUCUAAUAAAAUAUCAAAUUAUCUUUAGUAGAGCCCAAAUUUUAUUGGUUAAACCCCUCCAUGUGAGACCUGGAUAGCAUCCCACUUCAUCAAAUAACUACAAAAAUAUUUACAGAAAACUGUGCAUAUUUUACAUCAUAAAUCUAUAUAACAGUCAGUGAGCACCACUACCCUCUCCAUACCCCCAAGCAAGUCUCUCUUACCUUUUCACAAAGGAGAAGUAUGUCAAUUAUCCCAAAAAAAUUUCUUGCUCUGCUGAUUUUGAUGUUUGUUACAAAAAUUUCAGUGAAUGGACAGCUAGAAGAAUGGUGCAUAGCAGAUGAGCAGACACCAGACAAUGAGUUGCAAGUGGCUUUAGAUUGGGCAUGUGGACAAGGGGGUGCAGAUUGUAGCAUGAUUCAGAAGGGGCAGGUUUGUUAUUACCCAAACACUGUGAGAGACCAUGCUUCUUAUGCCUUCAAUAGUUACUUUCAGAAGUACAGGAAGAAAGGUGGCAGCUGUUUCUUCAACAAUGCUGCUAUGGUUACUCAAGUUGAUCCUAGUCAUAAUUCUUGCCACUACGAGUACUUGCCCUAACGCUUAGUGCUUUUCAAUCCCUUAAUGCCAAGUUCAGGUUUCAUCAUUUAUGCCAAAGAUAAUCCCGGACAUCCAACUUCCUUAUAUCCCGGAUUUGAGAAAUUAGAAUUCAAUAUAUUGUAGCCAUUUUUGCUAAUAAAGAUUCGAGGUAUCAGCUGCCUGACAUGCACUAAUUUAUCUCUUUUUGGUGCUUAUUUACUCAUACAAUGCAAUUUCAGCAAGCGCUAAUAAACAAAUAAAACUGAUAUGAAAAAGAUGAGUGCUAAAUGAACUCAAUUGUCAUAACUCAGCUUAAUUGGCCCAGGCUAACCCCACGUGCUAUGGAUAAAAAUCAGGCUCAUGCACCAUGACAAAAAUGUGAAAGCUCGAAUUUAGCAUUAACUUCGUAUUAGGAAAAUUCAAAUCAACUUUGGCGCUUAAUACCACCAUAAUGAGGAUAAAAUAGUCUUAUGUAUUCAGUAUAUUGAACUUCAACAUCUCUUUUACACAUUCAAGAGCUGAUGAAUGAUGCUUACAGGACA